AUGAGGGGGCCCCCAACAGAGCCGCAACAAGAACAGCAGCAGCAGCAGCAGCAGCAGCAGAAGCAGCAGCAGCAGCAGCAGCAGCAGCAGCAGCAGCAACACCCACCCAACUAUCAAACAAAAGAUCAUCUGUGGGGAAUCCUUAACCCCCCCAGCAGGUGGGAGACACUGCAGCAAGAGCAGCUAGACGCAGGGGGCCCCCAGGGGGCCCCCAAGGGGGCCCCCCAUAGACACCGGUUGAGUCGGCAGCAGCUGUGGGCCCUCGUAUCUACACCUGAGCCUUUGCUGUCUGAAGAAGAGUUUAAUGCUGCUUUUGCUGCAGCACUAGAGCAGCAGCAGCAGCAAGACCAGCAGCAGCAGCAAGAUCAGCAACAGAAGCAACUACAGGACGGCCAGCAGCAGCAAAUAGAAGAGCAGCAAAAGCAGCAGCAGCAGCAGCAAGACAGCGAAGAGACAGUCUCUGUCUCCCUCUUCUUCUCUGCUUUUCUUAAAGCAGUAAAGACCCAAGUGUCGCGCUCCAGAGGGCCUCUACGGCUCUCGCCUUACCUUGAAGCAUACCUAAACCCUAAACCCUAA